AUGGGUAGAGGACCAAAGAAGCACUUGAAGAGAUUAGCCGCUCCAUCCCACUGGAUGUUGGACAAAUUGUCCGGUACCUACGCUCCAAGACCAUCUGCCGGUCCACACAAGUUGAGAGAAUCCUUGCCAUUGGUCAUCUUCUUGAGAAACAGACUCAAGUAUGCUUUGAACGGUAGAGAAGUCAAGGCUAUCUUGAUGCAAGAACACGUCAAGGUUGACGGUAAGGUCAGAACUGACUCCACUUUCCCAGCUGGUUUCAUGGAUGUCAUCACCUUGGAAGCCACCAACGAAAACUUCAGAUUGGUUUACGAUGUCAAGGGUAGAUUUGCUGUCCACAGAAUCACCGCUGAAGAAGCUUCUUACAAGUUGGGUAAGGUCAAGAAGGUCCAAUUGGGUAAGAGAGGUAUUCCUUACGUCGUCACCCACGACGGUAGAACCAUCAGAUACCCAGACCCAUUGAUCAAGGCCAACGACACCGUCAAGAUCGACUUGGCUACUGGUAAGAUCACUGACUUCAUCAAGUUCGACACCGGUAGAUUGGUUAUGGUCACUGGUGGUAGAAACAUGGGUAGAGUUGGUGUUAUCACCCACAGAGAAAAGCACGAGGGUGGUUUCGACUUGGUCCACAUCAAGGACACCUUGGAAAACACUUUCGUCACCAGAUUGUCUAACGUUUUCGUUAUUGGUACCGAAGCCGGUAAGCCAUACGUUUCUUUGCCAAAGGGUAAGGGUAUUAAGUUGUCCAUCUCUGAAGAAAGAGACAGAAGAAGAGCUCAAAGCGCGGUGACCAUCUCGCUCUUCACCUUCCACCAGUCUUACCCCCACCACCACACCCCCAAACACCCUCGCCACCCCAUUCGUCCUCUCGAGUGGAAUGCCAUUAACUUCGUCCAUACCACCGAUACCCACGGCUGGUACUCGGGACACCUCAACCAGAAGCAGUACAGUGCCAACUGGGGCGAUUUUAUCUCGUUUACCAAGCGUCUCAAGCAGAAAGCACACGCCAAUGGCCAGGAUCUACUUGUGAUUGACAGUGGCGAUCGCCACGACGGAAACGGGCUUUCAGACAUUACUACACCCAAUGGGUUGGUGUCCACACCCAUCUUCAUCCAGCAGGACUACGAUCUUUUGACGAUUGGGAACCAUGAGUUGUAUCUCUGGGAGAAUUCUCAGCAGGAGUACGACACGGUGAUUGAGCACUUUCCCGACAAUUACGUGAGUUCCAACGUGGAGUACUCGCAGAACGGCCUGUUCGUGCCUUUUGGAAGUCGCUACAAGUACUGGCAGACCCCUCAGCAAAAGAUCCGAAUUUUGGCGUUUGGGUUUUUGUUUGACUUCAAGAAGUUCAACCUGGGCACGCGUGUGGUGCCGCUAGCCACCGUGAUUCAAGAGGAAUGGUUCCAAGAGGUACUUCAGCAACACGCAGGUAAGGUGGACUUGCUUGUGAUCGUGACUCAUGUGCCUAUCGACCACCAAUGGCCCGAACUCUACCAGUUGAACGCCGUGUUGAGACAGUACUUCCCCGAGACCGUGAUCCAGUAUUUUGGCGGACACAGCCAUGUUCGUGACUUUACUGUGUUGGACGCAAAGGCCACAGCGUUACAGAGCGGGCGCUAUUGUGAGACUAUCGGUUGGGUCAGUUUAGACCCUCGCAAAGAAGUGCCUUCGCUCGAGGAAAUCCCGCUGGAAUCCACCAUAGACGUCGCCAGGACGAUCUUCUCCCGCUCCUACAUCGACUUCAACCUCGACUCGUUUCUCACCCAUACCCAGCGGUCGCUUCGUCAUUUCGACACAGAAAAAGGCCUUGAGGUGUCCAGGUUGAUAGCCGACACCAGAGACCUGUUGAACCUCAGCACGCCGCUCGGAAAGGUGCAUCGCAACUACUUUGUGGACUACGUACCGUUGGGCAGUUCCAAGAACCUUUUCAACCUAUUGACCACCAGAGUUCUCACAGCCUUGGUCCCCAAAAAGCUGGUGAAAGCCCACCAUCAGCGUGUGAUCAUUAUCAACACGGGAUCCGUGCGCUACGACUUGUACAAGGGCCCCUACACCAUCGACACCAAGUAUAUCGUGUCGCCUUUUGAGAAUAACUGGGUCAAAAUCACCGUUCCCAAGAGCGUGGCCUUGGAAGUGGCUCCUCUCUUGAACAGAGACGACUACAUCGCCACAGCCUCUGGCGAGCAUCCUCAGAACUGGAAGUUAUUGCCUCCUCACCACCAAGCACGCAGGCAAUUAAAGAAUGGCUGGUCCGACUUUAACAGCGCAGGCAAUGCCCAGCAGGUGUUGCAGGCUUCUCCAGUGACGGCUGCCAGGUUGAGAACGAAGCUCUCCAAAGGCUACGUGACCCACGACGAUUUUGGUUCCAAUGGGGACGACACCAUCCAUAAGCCCACCAUCAACUUUCCUAUUCCCAACGUAGUGGAAUCAGUACAAGUGGACGAGACUGCUGGUCCCGACUCUCCUGUUGACUUGGUCUUUUACGACUUUAUUACCCCCAACGUAUGGUGGGCUUUGGACCAGAUUGGUUUCGAGGGUAACGUGCGGAUCCAGCAAUACUCUGACGUGUACUUGGGCCAGUUGUUGACCGACUACAUCCAAGAUAACAAAGUGUGA